AUGCAUCUUCCGUUCCGGAUUGGCAUACCGGCCCAGCCGCCGACUGGUGCUUCUUUGCUCAACGCAGCGUCGACUCUUCAGAAGAGAGAAGACGACAAGAGGAAGAACAAUUCCACAACCAUAGCCAUUGCCGGCGCAGUAAUUGGAGUCGUCCUCCUCAUUGCCGUCAUGAUCCUAGUACGCACCCUCCGCGGCCGUCAUCCGAACCCCAAGUACAUCCCGACACCCUUUCUCAAGAAGCUAUGGAGGAGUUGGAAGGUGCCAACGUACCGCACGCAGUACCAAGCUGCAGGGAGCACCGACGACAACGACGGCGCCUCGUCAACCACGAGGAGGGCCUCGUCCCAAAACACCAGCGGCAACAACAUGGAGGACACAUCGACCUCGAACACCAACCGCAACAGCGCAGUGUCUGGCGUGGACAGAAACACGAGCGUCAGGAGCGUCAUGACCCUCCCGGCGUACCGACAGAAGCCCAUUGACUCGGAGCAGGUCCUGGGACGCGAGGGCGAGCGGGACGGCAUUGACGUCGUGGUUGAGUUGCCGACGCAGGAGGCUGACGAGGAGCUGCGAGAAGAGGAGAUGGAGGCGCUGUACCAGAUCCGCCUGGCCCGGAGGCGGCAGAUCGCCGAGCGGGAGGAGCGGAGACGACAGCGACGAGAGGCGCGAGACCGUAACGACAUCGUAGCGCUGCAGGACAUCAGGGAGAGGACUCGAGCUGCGAGCACGAGCGGCCAGGAGGAGGUCGAUGAGCUGCGCGCGAACCACGAGCAGAUCAAACAGACCCGACAGCGGGCCGUGAGCAGCGUUAGCUACGCGGACCUCGGCAUCGCGAGGCAUGACGGCACGCGCAUCAGGGCUAAUAGCACAGAGAGCGAGCGGGUUGGACUGCUGAGCGACGCAGCCAGCAUAGCGCUCAGUACGCAGGACACUCUGCAGCACCAGGCGAGAAACAACAGGCUUUCUGCACACAUGGCGGACCUAGCCGCCGAGACUGCCACUGAGGAUGACCGGACCACGCAGCGGUCAUCGAGAGGCGUUGGGGGCACUCCCCAGCUACCGAGCCUGCGCUUAAGCAGACUCCCACAGAUUGUUAUCGAGCCGUCGAGCGCGGUGCCCAGAGAAGACGAGAGGUGA